GGCACUGGACUAGAUUCUCUGGAGAAUUUUUCCACCUAGAAGUAAAUUGAGGCAAAAUGUUGUUGACUGCUACAUGUGGCCAGUAGUCCAGAGGGUGGGUGUAAAAAGGAAAGGCAGCCAGAGCAGUUAGGUAUUCUAGUAAGUGGUCCAGAGCCAGAGCUGAAAAACCAACUUAACAGAUCACAUGUAGGUUUAAAUUGAUAUUCUCAGCUCAAACGGUUUAAAAAAUAAUAAUAAUUUUUAUGAGCCUUGGAAGAUGGCAGCUGAAAUGUUUUAAAAUCAAUUUUAACUCAUUUUGCAUUUAUAUGAUAUGAGAAGGGGAGCCAAUUUUGCUGGUUCACUACAGAAGUAGUCUGAGGGCUUCCAUAAUAAAUAAGGGAGUUGAUUUUAGCUCAGACAGAUAUUUCAAGCUUCAAGGGUGGUGUCUGGACUGAGAAGGAUUUGCUGCCCCCAAAGUCCCACCAAACAGGCAGGGUUCGUGCAUUUCAGAGCAGCUCAGAAAUUGGAGUUUCUGUAGAACUACUUAGACAGACUAUAAGCAACUACAAAAUCAGCUGCUUCCAGACCACUUGCUUACGAUUUCAGCCUUGCAGAUUGAGGACUGUAUCAUCAGCACAUGAAAAAGUAAAUCCUUCAAGGGGGACAGAUUAUGAAUCAAUGAGGACUGACUGGCAUUUGUGAGUGUGAGUGUAUCUGUGUGUGCGUGAGUGCGCGUGUGUUCUCAUUAGGGGACGAACUAUGAUUCAACAGCCUCGCUGCUGCCGCUCCUGCUGCUGCUUCUGCUGCGGCUGUAUGGUCUGUCAUUAGUUGAAAAGGGCUGUGAGGGCUUAGAGGAACUGCAGUUCUGAAGACUGAGCACUGCUAAGUGGGCUCCCUGUCAAACAAAGUGGAUGAGAUUUCCUGUGGAAUUGGAAACUUGGAACUAUUACCACUUCACCCACCCAGGAAAGCAGGCAGCACUACAGAGGACAAGGGGAUAAGACCACAGUGAUAAAGGAAGGGCACUGGAAUGAAGACGUUUUGAGAAGCAAGUGUUUCAGAGAAACUUCAAGUCACUAAAGAUGGAAAACGAGACAGUGAGUGAAAUGAACCAAACACAGCUUCAGCCGCGAGCAGUGGUGGCCUUAGAAUACCAAGUGGUCACCAUCUUACUUGUGCUCAUUAUUUGUGGUCUGGGCAUUGUGGGCAAUAUCAUGGUGGUCCUGGUGGUCAUGAGAACCAAGCAUAUGAGGACCCCCACAAACUGCUACCUGGUGAGUCUGGCAGUGGCUGAUCUCAUGGUACUGGUGGCUGCAGGCCUCCCCAACAUAACGGACAGUAUCUACGGUUCCUGGGUCUAUGGCUAUGUUGGAUGCCUCUGCAUUACUUACCUCCAGUACUUGGGCAUUAAUGCAUCCUCUUGUUCAAUAACAGCCUUUACGAUUGAGAGGUACAUAGCAAUCUGUCACCCCAUCAAAGCCCAGUUUAUCUGCACAUUUUCCAGAGCUAAAAAGAUCAUCAUCUUUGUAUGGGCUUUCACAUCCAUUUACUGUAUGCUCUGGUUCUUCUUGCUGGAUCUCAAUAUCAACACCUAUAAAGAUGCUACUGUGGUGUCCUGUGGCUACAAGGUCUCCAGGAAUUACUACUCACCUAUUUACCUAAUGGACUUUGGUGUCUUUUAUGUUGUGCCAAUGAUCCUGGCCACCGUCCUCUAUGGACUCAUAGCUAGAAUCCUCUUCUUAAAUCCCAUUCCUUCAGAUCCUAAAGAAAACUCUAAGACAUGGAAGAAUGACUCAACCCAUCAGAGCAAGAACUUGAAUUCAAAGACUUCUAACAGGUGUUUCAACAGCACAAUAUCUUCAAGGAAGCAGGUCACCAAGAUGCUGGCAGUGGUUGUAAUUCUGUUUGCCCUUUUAUGGAUGCCCUACAGGACUCUUGUGGUUGUCAACUCCUUUCUCUCAAGUCCUUUCGAAGAAAAUUGGUUCUUGCUCUUUUGCAGAAUUUGCAUUUACCUCAACAGCGCUAUCAACCCUGUGAUUUACAAUCUCAUGUCCCAGAAAUUCCGUGCAGCCUUCAGAAAGCUCUGCAACUGCAAACAGAAGCCUACAGAGAAACCUGCUAACUACAGUGUGGCCCUAAAUUACAGUGUCAUCAAAGAGUCAGAUCAUUUUAGCACAGAGCUUGACGACAUCACUGUCACUAACACUUACUUGUCUGCCACAAAAGUGUCUUUUGAUGACACCUGCUCGGCUUCUGAGGUAACCUUUAGUCAAAGUUGAUUUACGAAUUAGAAGAAAAUGGACCACAAAGUAAAUGAGAAUUUGUGCAGUUAUCUAUCAACAAAAGAGAGAAAAUGGCCAAAAGUUAUAUGUGAAGGCAGAGCAGAUACAGUCUUUGCCAAUGUCCUAAUGAAUCCUGGCCCUAAUUACUUUAACCCACCAGGCUGAAUUACAGUACUAGCCUCCAAAAAGUGGAUCAGAUCUGGGAAAGGGCCUGACUGUGAAAAAUGAAAGUUAAGCCCUUUCCAGUUAAAUGAAGGAAUUCACAAUAUUUUCAGGGCUAUGUAGUUUAUAUCAAAUCUAAAUAUAAUCUUGCAUAACUUAUAAUAACUAUCACGUAUGAUUUCUCAGUUCUCCCCUCAAAAAUUAGCUAUACAUUUGAUAAUUGGACAACAUGCAGAUUUUUCAAAUGCUUGUAUUUAGUAUUUCAUUUUAACAAAGUAUGAUGCUAUUUCAUGAAUAUCUGAGAAAAUGGGGGAAAAUAGAGAAAACAUUUUUUUGUUGAGUAAAAAUGAGUUUUCAGGGAAAGAUGUUUAUUGUAUUAAAAACAAAAAAAGGCAAAUAUCAUAAUGUUUAUUUAUAAAAGUAUGAGAUGAUUUUUGUAUCUUACUAAGCAGAUGGUUAUCAUUCAACUUUAAUGAAAAAUAAAUCUCAAAGCUAUCCAAAAUUACAAUUAGAUUUGAUUUUGAGAUAAAUCCAAUUUUUAUCAACUCUUUGAGCUUCCUAAGUAAUGGGUGGGGCGGUAGAAAUAAGAUUAAAUAACUAAAAAAUACAAACUAUCAUACAAUUAAUAUUGAAAAGUAUAGCCAAGACAUGACUAAAUAUUUAAACGAAGGUUUUACUUUCUCUCUAAAACUUUUAAGGAAGAAAAUCCUUUCUGAACAUUCUUGUGUAUAAACUACUGAGCCUUGUCAAGUGAAUCUUUCUACCAAGUCUAGCUGACAAGUCUGAAACAUUCGUUAAACCUUAGUUAUAUUAUAAGUCAGCCAAAGUCCGGCUGAUACACUUCCAGAUGUGGACCUCCCACUGAGCAUUGUAGUUUAUGGAUUUUACCUUGUUUGCAAUUGUCUUUCCUUCUUGCCUUGCUUGUCAUUUGUAGGUUCUCUUCCCCCCACCUAUUUUGUUUUCAGUUGUGAAAUCAAAGCAAUGCAGAAUUUCUGCUGGCUUAAAAAAAAAAAAAAAAAAUUUUUUUUUUUUUAUUUUCAAUAGAAUUAAAACCAGUUACAUCUUAUCAGUAUUUCUUCUUUGUAGUUAUGACUUAGACCUGCUAUUCCAGAGGUGUGAAUGUAAAUCUGCCCAGGACAUUGUAUCAGGUCCUGCUUUAAUCCCUUUUAACAGACUCACCUGCUGAGACUGGCCAGUGAGCAUCUCUGAGUAUAUUCAUUAUCUUAGAUGAUAAGUCUGUAAUUGUUGAUCUUUAAUCACUGGGCCAAAAAGCACAGCAUUUUCUCUCUCCAGCCUAUAUCCCUAUGUUGUAGAUUUUUCUGGAACCUAAUUGCUGAUAAUAGCUACCCCUCCCCAUCUUCUUGAUGAAGAAUACAUCAUUCUAUUUUCGAAGGUUCUGUAUCAAGACACUUACUUCAGGGAGACUCUGCCAUCCAGAACUUCACACCAGAAUAUGGUGUGAAGACAUUCUUAUCCUGUCACCGUAUCAGUAAACAAAUGAAACAAAUAUUAUAGGAAAUACUCUAAAAGCCUAUCUGCAUGACACUAAGCAAUCUAUUUUAACUGACUUUUCUUCCUGGAUUUAACAUUAAUCUUGGAGUCAUGUAGAGAGAACAUCAGAGUGAACCAACCCCAAAUCACACAAGCACAUACGAACAAUGUGCCAAACGAAUUGCCAUCUAGUUGACUUCGACUCAUUGCGACUCCAUGUGUGUGAGAGUAGAACUGUGAUCCACAGGGUUUUCGAUGGCUGAUUUUUCAGAAGUAGACCCCUAGUCCUUUCUUCCAAGGGACUUAUGGGUGGAUUUGAACCUCUAGCCUUUCAGUGAGUAGCUGAUCACAUUAACCAUUUGUACCACCCACGUACUCCAAACCCAACACACAUGUGUCAAAUUACUUAAAACGGGUUGGGCUGUGUUAGAUUUUUUUCAUUAGGAAAAGGAACCAAUGUCACUGAGCACCUGUUAUGUCCCAGGCAUACUGUAGGGACUUAAUCAGCAUUCUCUUCAUCACAGUUUCCUUACAGCUGUGAUUUCUCUGUUGCUAAGACCAGAGAUACAGGAUCAAUGCUGCUUCCCUUAGUGUAAGCUACUAAGGAGAGAGAAUGGAGAAAAGACUUCUUGUUUCUUUUUAUUCUUUCUUUAUGCCAGCAUACCAAUUAACAUUCCUUUGACCUGAUGACCAAAUUAAUAGAAAAUAUACAUUGCAUAGCGAGGGUACCUGAUGCUGAAAAAAAAAUUACAAUUUUUACAUAAUAUACAUAAAACAGAAAUCCUGGUGGCAUAGUGGUUAAGAGCCACGGCAGUUCGACUCUACCAGUCACCCCUUCUAAACCCUACGGGGCAGUUCUAAUCUGUCCUUUAGGGUCACUGUGAGUCAGAAUCAGCUCGACAGCAGCAAGUUUGGUUUUUUAGUUUUUUUAUAUAUAAAGCAAAAUAUACUCUUCCCAUCUUUGGAAAUUUAAUAUGUGGGCUCAGCUUUUUCAUUUUAAUUUUUAAAAUGUUAUUUGCUAAUAAUCUGUUGGUUUUGAACCACCUGGGAAAUGUGGAAGAACACAGUUCAUACUGUUUCAAUUCUAAAGCAAAUGCCACUGUAAAAUUAAAUGUUCCCAUGAAACGUCCAAUAGACAUUUGGAUUUACACAGAAGAGAUAACUUUUUAAAGUAUUCUUAAUCACACUGUGCUAAAUCUGAAAAUAUUCCCAUAAAUAAUCAAAACUUAAUAUACUAGCAAAUGGAAAAUAAAGAGCUAGAUUAAACAAUUGCUGGUGGAGCAAGGUGAUGUUAUUAAGGGCUUCUUUUAAUAAAAUUCCUUGAGUUGUUUUAUUACUUCCAGUUUCAUUAAUUGCUGAGUGUCUUCGGUUAGAUCUUGCACCUGAGGUAAUUAGGUAAAAGGGCACAGAUCAUGAAUAAAACAAGCAAACAUAAAGUCACCCUUAAGACUUCAUUAGGAUCCUGAGUAUAUUCCUAGAGCAAAACUUCCAAAGCAAACAUUCUAAAUGCUGAAGAGAAAUGGAGAAAGUGCAAAACUCAAUAAUCAUCCUUAGGCAGUAAAAAUGCACAGUGCUGUACACCUUGAUAAUAUGCCAGAUCAAAUGGCAAGUUUGAGAAACAACUGAUAAAUUCAAAGGAAAAAACUGGAGCCCUCAAACUUAAGUUUAGUAGAACUAAGUUUUAAAUGGAUGCUAGCAUUUUUUUUUUUUUUCAUUUCCAGAAAAAUGUAUUGGAAUAAUAAGGGUACUAUGUCUUAGCAAGAGCACUGGUGGCACAGGAGUUAAGAGCUUGGCUGUUAUCCAGAAGACCAGCAAUUCAAAUCCACUAGCCGCUCCUAUUCUGUUCUAUAGGGUCGCUAUGAGUCAGAAUCGAUUCAAUGACAACCAGUUUGUUUUUUUGGGGUUAUGUAUUAGCAAAGUCGGGUUCACAAAGUUUUGGUCUGUUCUUAAAGAACAAAAAGCUAUAUCAUUCUAAACUAUGCUAAACCUGUAGACAUGAUAGAGAGGAAAUAUUAAACUUUUGGAGGAAAAUAAAAUCUUAAAAGGCUAAUAGGAGAUUUUAAUGGCUUAUCCAAGUUUCUGGGAACUCUGCAAGUAUUAUAUUCAACAUUAGUUUUGCCUCUCCAUUGCAACUCACAAAGGGGUUGGCAUAUUUUUAUUUGAACCAAGGAAACUAGAUGUGAAUGAGAGCAACUAGUUUGUCCCAAGUUCAAAGAAAAAUUUUUUCAAAUAUUUGGAAUCACUAGUUGUCCUAAGAGGAAGCAAACAUGAAAAUAUCUAGCAGUUUGUUUUCCAUUUAGCUCUCUUCAAUAAAUAGCCAUAAAAACCAAGAUUUGGCUGAGUGUUUGUAAGUUUUCAGAGUAAUACAUACAAAGAAAUCUAACUGAGCUCUGUAGUGAUAAAUUUUUUUUUUCUCUCCUGCCCCUCCCCCCCCCCCAAACUUUCAUCUUUCCGCAAGCAUCGUUUUCCUCAGAGCAGGAAGAUUCCUCUAACAUCAUUCAAGACUGAAACUGAACAUGAAAUAUCUCAAGUAAAAGUGU